UCCAUGGAACUAAAGAAUGAUACACGAAUUUCAGAAUUUCUUCUUCUGGGAUUUUCUGGGGAAAAGGAAUUGCAACCCCUCCUCUUUGGGCUGUUCCUGUCCAUGUACCUGGUCACCAUACUUGGGAACCUGCUCAUUAUCCUGGCCGUCAGCUCUGACUCCCACCUCCACACCCCCAUGUAUUUCUUCCUCUCCAACCUGUCAUUUGUAGACAUCUGUUUCACCUCCACCACUGUCCCCAAGAUGCUGGUGAAUAUACAAACACAGAGAAAAGUCAUAACUUACAGCAGCUGCAUCAUGCAGAUGUACUUUUUCAUAGUUUUUGCAAGUUUGGACAACUUCCUCCUGACUGUGAUGGCUUACGACCGCUUUGUAGCCAUUUGUCACCCCCUGCACUACACGGUCACCAUGAACCCCCGGUUCUGUGGACUGCUGAUUCUGAUGUCCUGGAUCAUGAGCAUCUUGUAUUCUUUGUUACAAACCAUAAUGAUGUUGCGGGUGUCCUUCUGUACAGAGGUGGAAAUCCCCCACUUUUUCUGUGAACUCAACCAGAUGAUCCAACUUGCCUGCUCUGAUACCUUUCUUAAUAACAUGGUGAUGUACUUUUCAGCUAUGCUGCUGGGUGGUGCUCCCUUGGCUGGGAUCCUUUACUCUUACUCUAAGAUAGUUUCCUCCAUACUUGGGAUGUCAACAGCUCAGGGCAAGUAUAAAGCAUUUUCCACCUGUGUGUCACACCUCUCUGUUGUCUCCUUAUUUUAUUGUACUAGCCUAGGAGUGUACCUUAGCUCUGCCGCUACCCAAAGCUCCCACUCAAGUGCAGUAGCCUCGGUGACAUACACGGUGGUCACACCCAUGGUGAACCCCUUCAUCUACAGUCUGAGGAACAAAGAUAUAAACGGGGCUCUGAAUGUAUUUUUCAGAGCAGCCAUAAAGGGGCCACUUUUUCACAAGUAA